UUGAAAGUACAGCCUGACGUCUGGGCUGUUCAGCCUGAGCAGCUGCUGGAGCUACAAAGCCUGUUUUCAUCCUGUGCCAGGAUGGGAGUGAUAUGGCUUCCCAACCCAUCCAGGAUCCUGUGUUUUUCCUUUCAUAUUACCCUCCUUCUGCUUCAACAGACUGCUGCAGAAAGAGAACUGAAGUUUGUGGUUGCAGUUUUCCGACACGGUGAUCGAACACCAGUUGUAAAUUUUCCAACUGAUCUACACAAGGAAAGUGAAUGGCCCCAGGGAUUUGGACAACUUACCAAGACUGGAAUGCAGCAGCUAUUUGAACUUGGACAAUACACGAGGGGAAGAUACUCCAGCUUUCUGAACAGCACAUACAACAGGCAAGAGUUUUACAUCCAAAGUACAGAUUAUGACCGCACCAUUAUGAGUGCCCAGUCAUACCUUUCUGGCCUCUUCCCACCAACUAGCAGCCAAAUUUGGAACCCUGAGCUCCUCUGGCAACCCAUUCCAGUUCAUGUUAUUCAAAAAUCAACAGAUGAGAGGCUGCAUUUUCCUCUGCGUGGCUGUCCCCGUUUUGAUGAACUUCAGAAUGAAACACAAACAUCAAGUGAAUUUCAAAGUAGGAUACAACCCUACAUGGAUUUUUUACAAACGAUGGCAGUUAACACAGGACUUGAACUAAAUCAUCUCAAAAUACUGGAUAAUUUCCAGCUCUGGAAUACAUAUGACACUCUCCACUGCGAGGAUAUUCACAAUUUCACUCUCCCUGUAUGGGCUACCAAAGAUGUAAUCAACAAGAUGGAAAAACUGGCAGAAUUGUCCCUAUUAUCACUAUUUGGGAUUUAUAAGACAGAAGAGAAAUCACGACUGCAAGGAGGUGUCCUUGUGAAUCUUAUUUUAAAUAGUAUUAGGCAAGCUGCCAAUUCUUCAAAACAAAGAAAAAUGGAGGUCUACUCUGCACAUGACACCACAGUUGGGGCCCUCCAGAUUGCUCUCAAUAUUUUCAAUGGAAAACUGCCACCAUAUGCUGCUUGCCAGUUCUUUGAACUCUACCAAGAAAGUAGUGGGCAGUACAGUAUUGAAAUGUAUUAUCGGAACGACUCCUCAAAGGCUCCUUACCUACUGACCCUGCCAGGAUGCACUUCUUCUUGUCCACUUGAGAAGUUUGCUGAACUAGUUUCUCCUGUGAUUACAGAAAACUGGUCAAAAGAAUGUGGGAAUAAAGACAAAAUGAAAGAUAUUUUUAUUGGGUUUGACGUUGCUGUUGGCUUGUUGUUCAUCUUUGACCUUGUGCUGCUCUACCUCCUUUAUCAUUAUGGACGCUGCAGGCGCAGAAACAACUACCAAGACAUUUAAAGGGGAGGUAAAGAAACGAAAGAGAGAGCAGCAAUCCUUUAAGUUCCUUAUAUCCCUCAGUUUGCUGUGGCCAAAUUCAUCUCCAAAGCAUAUUCCAAAAGUGUGAAGACCUGAGGUAUCUGUGGCCUAACUCCUAAAACAUCUGCAGUGAGAAAUACUGUAGAAAUACGUUAUUGCUAAGAAUUUACUUUUGUAGGAAGAUGGAAUCACUCCAGUUUAGUGCUUAGGUUUUCUACUACUAUUAAUCACUCUGAACUUAAGUAGUGGGGUGAAGGGAUGCUAUUGCCUAUGCUUUUCCUUUUCCUUCUCAUAUUGCCUGUUACUAUUUGUCCCUCUGCUGCUCAACGAGUCUCUUGAAAAUCACAGUCUGCAAUAUUUUCCUUACAUCUUAUAAAUGGCUAUUUUCUUGAUGCACAAGGGAAUGUUUUCAGUGAGCAGAAGCUGCAAUUACUGUGUGAAAAGAUUCAAGCCAGUACUUGGGCAGACUGUUUCUGUAUUUAUUCAUGCAAAUCUAUGCAUGAGUUUUGACCUUGGCCUUCAGCUAAUAAAGGUCUGCAGCCUGCAUUUCAACAGCUCUGGUAGUGCCUUGGCAGUGUUAAGAGUUGGACACAAUGAUCUUAAAGGUCUUUUCCAACCUAAUUGAUUCUAUAAUUUAUUUCUUUGAGCCACUUUUACACUAAUUCCUCAAGCUAACACUCUGUUUAUCACCUUUCAUUUUAAUUUACAAUAACACCUUUAACUCCUUGCUCUGUUCAAAAUCCCUUAUGUUAGCAAGAUCUGCACUGAAAGUAAGAAAACAAUGGUUCUGCUUUUUGUAUGCUCAUCUCUUCUGUGCAAUGUAUUCUGUUUAGAUUGUAAGCUCCUAAGGGCAGGAAAUGUGUUCCCAUAAUUGCUCUUUAGUACCAUAAACUAGUAUCAUAAGCAUUAAUAUUGCUGUAUAAAAUACUGCUUAUCAUCACA